GAUCCUGCGGUUAAAUAUCUGGGUCAGGGGUUUUCCAAAGAUGCUGUAGGUGAGGCUCUAAAAGUGUACAAGGAUGAUGAAAAAAAGGUCACAGAGUUCUGCAUUAACUACUCGAAGAUGAUCGAAAUGGGGUUUGCUUCACAAAGUAUCACGUCAUCCCUGGCGAUGUACGACAAUGACGUGAGGAGGGCACUUGCUCAUCUGAUUCAGGGAAACGGUACCUGAGUUUAUCGACUGUCAGUCUCUGAACUGUCGGAAUUGUCCGUCUGAACAAUGACGUCAGAAUUGUCAGUCUGAGUUCGUCAAUUGUCAGGCUGAGUUGGCAACUUGUCGGAGGUUGGUGGGGCUUCUGCUUCUCUCGUUAAACCUGCACCGUAGUUCUGUUGGUUGCCCGGGAUCAUGGUUGGUCCUCGGCAGAAAGAAGUGACAUCUGGUUUUCCUUCCGGCAAUGUACUGCCUCUGAACCAAUGGCCUGUUUCUCCAAUGUGGGCGAGAAGGUUUGUGUCGCUGGCGGGACUUCAAUUUUACAUAGCAGGUGUGGUCAUCCGGGCAGGACUACUU